AUGCUCGCAAGAUACCACACACUCCAGGUAGCCAUUCUCUUGGGGUGCCCCGGUCAGCACAAGUUUUUCCUCACUGGCGUGGGUGAGGAGAACUUGAUGCCCCGGGCUUUUCCACACUGGCGUGGGUGUGGAGGGUCUUUGCCUCUUGAGAAGGGGUGUGAAGCAGAGAAGGGGUGUGAAGCAGAGAAGGGGUGUGAAGCAGAGAAGGGGUGUGAAGCAGAGAAGGGGUGUGAAGCAAAGAGAAGGGGUGUGAAGCAAAGAGAAGGGGUGCGAAGCAAAGCGGAGGAGUGCGAAGCAAAGCGGAGGGGUGCGAAGCAAAGCGGAGGGGUGCGAAGCAAAGCGGAGGGGUGCGAAGCAGAGGAGGGGUGUGAAGCAGAGGAGGGGUGUGAAGCAGAGGAGGGGUGUGAAGCAGAGGAGGGGUGUGAAGCAGAGAAGGGGUGUGAAGCAGAGGAGGGGUGUGAAGCAGAGGAGGGGUGUGAAGCAGAGGAGGGGUGUGAAGCAGAGGAGGGGUGUGAAGCAGAGGAGGGGUGUGAAGCAGAGGAGGGGUGUGAAGCAGAGGAGGGGUGUGAAGCAGAGGAGGGGUGUGAAGCAGAGGAGGGGUGUGAAGCAGAGGAGGGGUGUGAAGCAGAGGGGUAA